UUUUUUUUUUUGACCACAUUUAGCCUUCUAACAAUUAUUAAUAUUCGACAGAAUUCGUUUGAUUGUGCUUUUGGAAUAUUGACAAGAGAUGAAAGCAAUGAAACAGUCUGUGAAACCAACCAAAAUAUAGUUGAGGAAAACAGGAUUUCCGAACCUGCCAAACUAAGAUAUGAAGAAUCUCAAGAAAUUCAGCAAGAUCCAAAAAAGAAACCUGAGCCAUUGGGGGUUGCAGAUCUUAAAGAAACACAGGAUGCAUACAAGACUGUAAAAGCUGCCAUCUUAACUGAAGAGAUGUGCAAAGAAGUUGAGAAACCUGAUGAUGAUGAAAUGGUCAAACACUUUGACAAGGAAGAGAAUGAUAUAAAGCAACUCCACACUAUAUCCACUGAAAAUGAAAGAACCGAUGAGGUGGAAGAAUUCAGCUCCAUAUCCAUUGAAUACCUUGCAGCAACAGACUCCAAUAAAGAGGAAGAAAAAGAAAAUGCAGAGGUUGAAGCAGCACAAACAUUGGAAAAUGAGGCAUCAGUUACAGAAGAAAAUGAAGAAAGAACAGUGGAAGAUGAAGGUAGUGAUAAGUUUAUAGGUCUGUCAACCAGUGCAUCAAUUAAUGAGUCAGAAGAAAAGAUUAAGGAGGAGAUCACAGAGAAUGCAGAUAGCUGUUAUGACAAGAUAAAAGCAAAAACUGUGAUGGAGGAAACAGUUGAGCCCAACUUGCAGGAAGUUCCAAUGAAAGAUAAGCCAGCGCAGGAUACUAACAUCCCCUCAAAUAAGAGCAGUCCACAUGCAGAUGAACCUGAAGCAACUCAACAGGAAAGCAUAGCAAUUGAAGAGAACUCCUUGGCUUAUGAAUCCAGAAAUGAUGAUAAGGAAGAACUGCACACAGGUGAAAUAAGAGAAGAAAUCAAAGAAGCUUCUGAAAUAGUAAACGAGUCUCAGGAUUAUGCACUGGUUACUGGAACUGAAACCGCUACAUAUGAAACUCUCCCCAAAGAGAUAACAAACGAAAAUGAGACACAAUCUCCAGCAAUGCCUUGCAAAGGAGAUAAUUAUGGAACUAAAGCCACAACUGAGAAUGUAGAGGAGAACAUAGAGAAAGUGAUAAUAACAAAGGAUGAAGCUUCAGAGAAAUCAUCUGCGUUAAAAACAACAGAAGAGAGAUGCUUGCAACAUGAAGAUUCCAGGGAGGUUGAAGUUUCACAACUAGAGCUUCACAUCAAGGAAAGCAUGCCAAACAGUUCAAAUCAAGAGCAUGAAAAGAGAGAUGAAUUUAAGGAAGAAUUAAAGGAAGUUUCUAAAACAGCAACGACGUCUAGCUGUCACAACCUCGAAGCAGCUACAGAAGAUGAAGUUGCAAAUGAUCAUACUCUGCAAGAGGAGAAAUCAGAAGAGCUACAUCAAACAGAACCUUUUCCAUUACUUUCCAAGGGACAUGAACUUGGGAGCUCAACUACAACUGAGAAAAUGGAAGAGAAUAUAAAGGAAGUGUUGCUUGAAGAUGAACCAAAAACAACUGAAGAAGUUCACUUGCAAAAGGAAGCAUCUGUGGAGUUCAAGGUCUCCCAAUUAGACCUUGAACUGAAUGAAGACAUGAAAGAGGGUCCAAAGGAAGAACCAAAAGCAGUGAGUGGGACUUCAGUAGAAAUUGAACAAAAGAAAGAAGCUUCUGAAUCCAAAUCACAUUCUAAUGCAGAAGAUAACAGAGCAAUCAGAGAAGAUGGAAUUAGUUCUAUACAGACCAAUCCUGCGGAAAAAUUAGAAGCACAGAAGCAGACGCUGGUUUCUGCACUGCUCUCAAAAGAACGAGCGGUUAGAAUUUCAGACAAAAUUGAGAGCAUAGAAGAGAACAGGAAGGAAAUGGAGGUGCUGGAAUAUAAAUCAAAAGGAACAAAAGAGAUCCUCCUAAAGGGAGAUCCUGAGGAGCUUGAAUUCUCCCUACUGGAGUCUCAACUUGGUAAAGAUGCACAGAUGGAGCAUCUGAAUGAAAUACAUGAGAGAAAAGAUGGGGCUAUAGAGGGCACUAAAGAAAUUAUAGAAAUUUCUGAAUUAGUACUUAAUACCAGUUCUCAAGACCACACCGAAGCAAAAAUAGAUGAAAUUACUUCCAAUCAGACUCUAACAACAGAGAAAGAAAAAGAGCAAAAUGAGACACCACCAACUGGAUCUCUUUUAAAAGACCAUGAGCAUGGCAUUUCAACUCCCGCUGAGAGCAUGGAAGAAAAUAUCAUUAACAUGGAAGUGCUAGAAAAUGCAGCAAACACGAUCAAAAAAGCAUCAAUACAAAAGGAAAAGCUUAAGGAGCUCAAACCCCCUCAAUCAGAGUUUCAAUUUGACAAUACAUUGGAGAUUCCAGAGGAAAUACAUGAGGCAGCAGUUGGGACACCAGAUGAAAUUUUAAAAUUGCAGCCUGAACAUGACAAUAAGAUAAGAGAUGAAGAACCUCCCCCAGAAAGUGGGGAAACCUUAGAAAUAACAGAACCAUUUGAAAAAACCUCCAAUCUGAACACUAUAACAAGUGAAGAAGCUUCUGAAUAUUUGUCAGAAGUUAAUGGUCAUGAAGUCAUCAUGCAAUCUGAAGAAGCUGAAAUCAAGGAAGAGUAUUCAGAGGCAGCAACUAUGGAUUUGAUAACUGAAGAAAAUCUGAGAGAAAAAACUAUUGCAACUGAAAUCAUGCAUGAUGAAAUCACAAAUGAACAGAUGACAGAAGAAAAGCAUGAGGCCAGGAACUGUCAGGAAAUAAUCCUUGGUGAAGGAGCAGCUAGAGAGAGCUCCCAGGAACAGGAGAUAAAGGGUGAAGCAAGUCUAGGAGAUAAGAUGUUAGCAAAGCAAACACAAAUCGAAGAGUCAUGCAAGGAAAUAGAAAAGAGUAUUGCAACUGAGACACUUGAAGAACAGAUUAGCAAAGGAAAAGAAACGUUGGAGAAUCUUCACCAUGUUUUUGUUGACAGUAUCUCAAGUGAAGCAGCAGUAGCUAAAAAGAUCCAACAACAUGAGAUAAAGGGUGAACAAUGUCAAGGAGAUAAGUUAUAUGAGGAAAUUGAAAACGCUGAUGCAAGUGAGAAGAUUGAAAAACAAAUCAUCACAGAAAAAGAAAUAGUUGAGAAUCUUCACCCAGCUGUUGAGAAUAUCUUGAGAGAAGAAGCAGCUAAAGAGAUCCACCAAGGACAUGAGACAAAGGGUGAAGAAAGUCAAGGAGAUAAGAUGUUAGCAAAGGAAAUUCAAAAUGAAGUGUCGUGCAAGGAAAUUGAAAAGACUGAUGCAAGUGAGACCAUUGAAAAACAUAUCAGCACAGAAAAAGGAACAGUUGAGAACCUACACCAAACUGUUGCUUACAGUGUCUCAAGUGAAAAAAAAGGUAAGGAUGUCCACCAAGAACAUGAGAUAAAGGAAGAAGAAAAUGAAGGAGAAAACAUGUUAGCAACUGAAAUACAAGAUGAAGCGUUAUUCAAGGAAAUUGGAAAGACUGAUGCAAGUGAAACAAUUGAAAAAGAGAUCAGCACAGAAAAAGGAACAGUUGAGAACCUUCACGAAGCUGUUGCUGAAAACAAGACUAUCAAAGAACAUUUUCUUGAAGAAACAGGGAGUGAAAAUGCUGAGGAGGGUAGGAAAUCAGACAUUGCAAAUCAGGCUGAUGAGACAAGAUCUGAAGAAGUCAAAAUAGAAGCUACAACUGCAAUAGGAAAGGAAUUGGCCAUUGAGAUAUCAAAAAAAAGAUCAGCAGACCUUGCAGAAACCACUGAGACCACUCUGAACAUUCAUCAGGGAGAGAAACCCUCUGAUGAUACUUUAAACCACAUAUCGAGAGAAGCAGAACCAGAGACAACGAUUUCGAGUAGAAAGAAAGACCUUCUACGGGUGCUACAAGGGCUGGUUGUGGAAACCACACAAGUUACUGAAGUAGGAGGCUCACAGCCGGCUUAUGCUACAGUUGUCAAUUCAGAAGCAAGAAGACUUGAACAUAGAGCAGAAAAUAUAGAGGAUGAGAAAGAUGGAAAAGCGAUGCAGGAGAACACAUCAAAGGAUUCAGCCAAGCUUUCAUUAUUUGACAUGAUGCAGAGAUCCACAAGAGAAAAGCAAGUAGCUGGAGAAUUGACAGAAGAAAAAGAACCAGCAGAAAUCAAAGAAGAAGUGGAAGUUGCAAAACAGAUUGAACAAACAGAAAAGGCAAAAUCAGACGAAGAAGAGGAAGAGGAAGGAGAUGAGCAAAAAAAGAAUGACUCAGGCUCUGAUGCACUUGUAAUUGUAGAAGAAUCAAGAGAUAUAGAUCUUAAGGUUGUGCACGUACAAAAAAAAUCACAUAAUCUACUAUCCGGCGUUGGAUCAAAGGUGAAGCAUUCAAUUUCAAAGGUGAAGAAAGCCAUUACUGGCAAGUCUUCUCACUCAAAGCAACAAUCACCAAAAUGAAGCCCAAAAAAUUUAUAGGUGAAACCCCAGCAGUUAAAACAGCUCAAUGGCAGGCAGCUAAGAUACAAAAAACCCAUUUGCUGAAUCACUUGUUCUCAGUUGAUGUGUUGAUUAUACCAUUAGGGUUUGAGGUUUGAAGUGUGUAUAUAAGAAGCUUGUAUAAAUUCAAAUUUUGAGUCCGCACAUAUUUGAGUUGAAUUUUUGUACCAUGAUUGUUAGUGUAUUACAAGCAUAAACCUCUUAAUGCUUGUAAGAAAAAGCUAUACUAUUGAAAAGCUUUAUGCCAAA